AGCACUUUGUAAGUACACGUUGCUAGUAUUUUUGUUAUCGUAAUUAUGUUUUUCAUACAUGAACACGGUAAUGUAAGUGUGGCCGAGCAUUGUUAAAAUACACAAAGAGAAUGUCAGACACAUUUCAGUAGUAAAGUGAGACCAGUAGGGGGGUCGGAUCGCUUUCUCCUGAUCUCCGUGCAGCCUCUCGGUCAAGUUCACAUCUCAGAGGUGAGUGAGAGAGGGAGAACACUUCCCUCUCCAGCAUCACAAACACGGGAUGCGCUUCAUCGCUUUGGGGAGUGGAUGGAUGGAGGGGACAGGGUCAUGAAGGUAACCACAUCCAUUGGGUUUGAUUUAGGGGGCUGUUACCGCAGGAUCCUAUCCAUUAUUAAUAAUCCGCGGAAGAGCGAGCGGGAGAUCCUCGAACCGAAGCGCAACCAUCGGCGAGUCAUGUCCCCAACUGACAGCGCUUCCAGAGGAGCCGACGAAGAGGACAAAGGAGGAUGAAGGAGACAGGAGGCGAAGAGGCAGAGGGGGAUUAUAAUGAAGUUGAGUGGCAAAGGACUGUGCACCAUCGUCUCCAGCAGUCUGCUUUUACUGUGCGCCCUGAGCGCCGUGGUCGUGGGAUUCAGAUGUAUCGCACUGGGCUCCAGGGUGCGAGCGCACUUCCACCUGGGCGCCGCGGCCGGCGCGUUUUACUCGGGGAUCCUGGUGGCUUUCGGGCAGGUCCUGAUGUGGAUUGCGCUGGUCUUUUGUCAGGGCAAGCCACGUUGUAGGAAUUUCUUCCUCUUUGGGAUCUUAGUGUUUCUUCUGGGGGUCCUGACGGCGCUCUCGGGCGCAGUGGUGGACGGCGACACGGUGUCGCUGGUGGAGAGGAAGUACGCGCACUAUUGCCUGGACUCUGUUGAUCUAAACCCUGCGUGCGACCGGCUCAAGGUGUACCAGAGGGCUCUGAUGGUUUCCACCAUCCUUAAUACUCUGGAGUGUGUCCUGGGGCUCAUGAACCUGGUGAUUAUAAAGCGCUACCAAGCGGCGCGUUUUCACCGGAGACGCCGCGCGCAGAGACGGAGCGCGCGGACGCUCAUCCUCAGCGAGGAGCGCGACUUCGCGGUCACGGAGUUCCAGCCGGUGUCCUACAUCAACCUGGGGGUGUUACACGCUUUGAACGAGGCGGACGGGGAGGUCCACUGCAGGGGCCACCCGUCCAUGGAGCUCCCGGGCUAUUCACCCUCGGAUCCGGAGCUCAAUCACACGUACCCGUUUUCUUUCCCACUUCACAACGAGAUGCCACCCGCCUACGAGGACAUAUUCCCCAGAGAAACGUGUCACGAUUAGCGAGCGAGUUCUUGUGUAUUGUGGGGAAAGUUGCAGUUUUGCAGUGACAAUCACGCAUUCCGCACACUGAACUUGACAUGUAAGUGCAAUGAUCAUAUCGGGAUGACAGGUUUAUAUAUAGACUAAUGUAAACGAUGCUGGCAAUGAACUGAUGACAAAGUAAAUAUAUACAGAAUGAAAUGAUUAUUUAUUAUGCAGUAUUUGUUUUAUCGGCCCUCCUGACUGAUUGUGUUCCUAAUUUAUUGCUAGUCAUAAAAUCCUGAACAAAUUUCCUAUUGGAUUUUCUAUUAUUGGAACCAAUCCUUAAGAAUCCUAACAGGAAUUUGUACAGGUUCCCAAUAGAACUAAUUAUCAAUUAGUUUCAGAAAUUAACUUUUACAUUAAGGGGCAAUACUUGACCUCGGGAUUUGAUUUUCAGGAGCAUUUUUUGUUUUUCAAAUUUUAAAUCCUUUGCAUAAUCAUAUAUUUAUAUCAAAUAUGUCAGUUUAAUCUAUUCAUUUAUUGAGAACUGAUUACCUUUUAUUGAAAAAUGAAAUCAACAUCAAUUCAUAUUUAUGCAACAAUAUGUAUAAUUUUUUUUACCCCCACAUUUUGGAUUUUGUGGGCAUUUUUUUACCCCAAGCCCACCAAACAUUUUGGCCCUGUAACCAACUGGAUAAAAUACA